CGGUUCCGGACCGGAGGGAUUCGAGCUGGCGGCGCGCGCGCACAUGAAGGACCCCGCGCACCGCACCAAGGUGGUGCUCCGCCGGCUGCCGCCAGCGAUUUCGCAGCAGGCCGUCGUGGACCAGGUCGACGCGCGCUUCGCCGGGCGCUACGAUUGGGCUUGCUUCCGCGCCGGGAAUGCCAGCCAAAAGAAUCAUCGAUAUUCUCGUCUCUACCUCAACUUCAAGAGCCCAGAAGAUGUUGUUGAGUUUGCUGAGUUCUUCAACAAUCAUGUAUUUGUGAAUGAAAAGGGUGCUCAAUUUAAAGCUCUUGUGGAAUAUGCACCAUCACAACAGGUUCCGAAGUCAAAUAUCAAGAAGGAUGCUCGUCAGGGAACUAUAACAAAAGAUCCAGAAUACUUGGAGUUUCUUGAGCUUAUAUCAAAGCCUACUGAACAUUUGCCAAGUGCUGAAAUUCAGCUUGAAAGGAAAGAAGCUGAAAGAGCAGCUGCUGGAAAGGAGCCACCAGUUGUGACACCUCUCAUGGUUUAUGUUCGUCAGCAAAGGGCAGCUAAGAGUAUGGCUCAGAGGUCUGUAAGCAGUAGACUAAGCAGAAAAGUUUCGGGUGUGGUAACUAGCAGUUCUAGUCCUUCUAAAAGGGCCUCUGAAAGGCGCAGGGCAUCCACUUCAUCGUAUGUUGUGCGAGAAAAUGCUAAGGAGAAGCCAACUUACAUCUUAGCGCCGAAGAGAGAUGAUCAUACAAGAGAGAAAAUUAUUGCUGGAACUUCAGAAGGUGCAAGUGGAGGGCCAUCUUGGUCUCCUCAGGUUAUUGAUGGUAAAAAAGACAAAAUUGUACUUUUGAAAGGGCGAGCAAGGGUUGAUUCCAAUAUAUCUGAUAGCUCAACUCCGCAGCAGUCUCUGCCUCCUUCAAGAAAUACGCCCCCAUCAAGUUCUAGACAAGACCAGCGCCAUGAGGCCAGUGGCAGAAUUAUUAAGACUAUACUUUCAAACAAGGAAGGACGCCAUGGAAUAGCAUCUCAACAUGAGCAAGAAGGUCACAUGGUUAAUGCUGACAAGGAUAAGCGCCCACCACGGGUUCCGAAUUCGCGUUCCAUUGUGAAAGAUCAGAUUAUUGAAAAUGCUGAGAAAAGCCACUAUGAUGACAAGCAUAAUCAUGUGCAUGGUUCUGGACCUAUUGGUGAGAAGAUUGAAAGGCAGGCCAGAAAUAGAGAUAGGCCUGACCGUGGUGUAUGGGCCCCUCGUCGCUAUGAUAAGUCUGCAACAGGAGGUAGUACACAAGCCUCAUCGUCUGAGUUCCAGCUAAUGCAGUCACAUUCUGAGGACAAUUUCGCUCAGCAAGCAGAUGGCCCUGGAGAGAGAAAAAUAGACACAAGGAGUCCUGGUGGCCGUGGAGGCCUUGUGGAGAAUGGAAACAGGCAUGGCAACCGCCGUGGUCCGCCACGUGGGCUGAAGGAGAUGGAGAUCUCUCCUAUUACAUCUGAUGGAAAACCUCCGAAGAGGGGCCCUGCUAGCUAUGGGGCUCAUGAGAGACAAGUAUGGGUUCAAAAGUCAAGUUCAGGAUCGUGACUUUGACCACUGAUGAUACAUUCAUCAAAACAGGUGUUGCAAGUUGUGCAAAAGUUUCUGCAUUUUGCAGCUCAUUCUGAAGUCCGUGAAUGAAAUUGAUGAGAUGGUUCUAUGAAGUGCAAUCCCAGAUUUGUCAAUGGAAGUCUGAGCUAUAGCUGAAAAGGAAGCUCUUUGAUUCGAUUCACAGAAUCACAGCAAUAGUGAAGUAACAUAACCCCCCACCAGUAGGUAGCUCUCCACUUUGGGUGAGGUUUGAUUUUGGACCCAAAGUUGAUAGUUCUGGAGCGAUGGAUGGAAAUUAGGCUGGCAUCAGUACCUCGAGACAGUGGUCACAUAUUUCCAAGACCCCUGGAGGCUAUACACAAACCCGGUGAUUCAUCAGUGAUGAUGGAUGUACAUAUCUCUAGAAAAAGAAGAGGUCUGGUUCUGAUUGCUGUUUACAGGUUAGAGGUGCCAUGUAUCUACAAAGAGAUAAGACUACCCAGUUUGCUAAAUAAAGGCAAAUUCUUAGUUAGUUGAUUAUGAGAACCCCUGUACCAGGGCGACUGCAGUUGUGGUCGGGUACAACAGAAGUUACCGUGGAGUGCAAAGUGGAAUCACACGUUCUUGUUUUAUGUGCCCGGUUAAAUGGAAUGUGAGGUUAUUUUGGCAUGUUGAAGUUUCUGGUGUGUGUUUUGCUGUUAUGUCUCACCAGAUAACUUUUGUGGGGUUAUGUUAAGAAUGAUAUGAUGGUGUGCAGCGUCAAAGGUUGCUAUUUUUAAUGUCACGAGUUAUGUUAACUUGCA